AAGCUCGCUAGCUAGACUCACAGAGAGAGAUAGCUAGCGAUUGAGAGAGAGAUGACGAUGAGGCGUUGCAGCAGCGGCGGCGGCGACGGCCAUGGCUGGCGGCGGCGGCUGUGGGUGGCGGUGGUCGCGUGCUCGUGGGUCGCAGCGGCUCGAGCUCAGGGCCAGACGAAGCCAGCAGCAGCAACCACUGAUCCAGUCGAAGCCGCGGCGCUGAGCACCAUACUAGGGAGAUGGCGCACGAAGCCGCCCAAGACGUGGAACACCACCGGCGGCGACCCCUGCACCGGCACCGCCAUCGACGACACCAACAUCGACAACGACCCCGUCAUCAACCCCGGCAUCAAGUGCGAUUGCUCCUUCAACAACAGCACCGUCUGCCACAUCACCAAGCUGAGGGUGUAUGCUCUGAAUGUUGUGGGUCAGAUACCUGCAGAGCUGGAGAAGCUCACCCAUCUGGAUAACUUGAACCUCAUGCAAAAUUACUUGACAGGCCCCAUACCAUCAUUUAUUGGGAAAUUUCCCAUGAAGUACUUGAGCUUAGCAAUCAAUCCACUAUCUGGACCACUUCCAAAGGAACUCGGGAACCUCACAAAUCUCAUGUCAUUAGGCAUCAGCUUGAACAAUUUUACUGGUAAACUUCCUGAAGAGUUGGGAAACUUGACCAAACUUGAGCAAUUGUAUAUUGAUAGUUCUGGCUUUUCCGGUCCAUUCCCUUCGACGUUCUCAAAACUUAAGAACCUGAAGAUCCUGUGGAUAUCAGAUAAUGAUUUCACAGGGAAAAUACCUGAUUUUAUUGGGAACUUGACUAACCUGGAGGAUCUGAGGUUACAAGGAAAUUCUUUUCAAGGACCGAUCCCAGCAAGUUUAUCCAAGUUAACCAAGUUGACAAGCUUACGGAUCGGUGAUAUUGUAAAUGGGACCUCUUCGUUGGCCUUUAUUAGCAACCUGACAUCCUUGAAUGUCUUAAUAUUGAGGAACUGCAGGAUAUCUGAUAAUCUUGGGGCAGUAAAUUUUACUAAGCUAGCUGGAUUAACCUUGCUGGACUUGAGUUUUAACAAUAUCACAGGCGAAGUUCCUCAGUCCAUCCUUAAUCUGAAGAACCUUCAAUACUUGUUUCUUGGGAACAACAGCCUUACAGGAAGCCUGCCAGAUGUGAAGAGCUCCUCACUAAACAAUUUAGAUUUUUCAUACAACGAACUCACGGGAAGCUUUCCAUCAUGGGCUACCAAUAACAAUCUACAAUUGAAUUUGGUGGCAAACAAAUUUAAUAUUCGUAGCAACAACAAUAGUAUCCUACCUUCAGGACUAAACUGCCUCCAGCAAGACACUCCUUGUUUACUCGGUUCUCCAGAAUACUAUUCCUUUGCAGUAGACUGCGGAAGUAAUAAAUCCGUGAGAGCCUCAGAUAAUACUGUGUAUGAAGUAGAUGCUACAAAUCUUGGAGGUGCAUCAUACUAUGUUACAGGGCAAACACGAUGGGGUAUCAGCAAUGUAGGAAAAUUCAAUGAGGCCCCAAAUGGAAGUUACCUUAUGUAUAGCUCUCAGCAGUUUCAAAAUCCAUUGGAUUCAGAAUUGUUCCAAACUGCCAGGAUGUCACCAUCAUCGCUGAGAUACUAUGGACUUGGGCUUGAGAAUGGAAAUUACACUGUUCUUCUUGAAUUUGCAGAGUUUGCUUAUCCAGACACACAGACUUGGCAAAGCAUUGGAAGGAGAGUUUUUGACAUAUAUGUUCAGGGUGAUUUGAAAGAAAGGAACUUUGAUGUAAGGAAAAUAGCUGGUGGAAAAUCUUUUACUGCAAUUAACAAAAGAUACAAUGCAACUGUAUCGAAAAACUUCCUUGAGAUACAUUUGUUCUGGGCUGGCAAGGGUACUUGUUGCAUUCCUACUCAAGGUUACUAUGGACCGAUGAUCUCUGCAUUAAGUAUCACUCCAAAUUUUACUCCUACCGUGAGAAAUGGAGUUCCAAAAAGGAAAAGUAAAGCGGGUGCAAUUACUGGCAUUGUGAUUGGUGCAUCAGUUUUAGUAUCAGCAGCGCUACUUGGAAUAUUUCUGAUGAUAAAGAAGAGAAGAAAAGUGGCAAGGCAGCAAGAAGAAUUAUACAACCUGGUUGGAAGGCCAAAUAUCUUCACAAGCGCAGAAUUGAAAUUAGCUACUGACAAUUUCAGUUCUCAAAAUGUGAUUGGAGAAGGUGGAUAUGGGCCAGUAUACAAGGGUAAGCUAACUGAUGGAAGAAUUAUAGCUGUCAAACAACUUUCUCAAUCAUCUCAUCAGGGGAAAAAUGAGUUUGUGACAGAAGUUGCAACAAUUUCAGCAGUGCAACAUAGAAACCUUGUGAAAUUGUAUGGCUGCUGCAUUGACAGUAGCACACCCUUGUUGGUUUAUGAGUACCUCAAAAAUGGAAGCCUAGACCGAGCACUCUUUGGACACAGUACCUUGAACCUAGAUUGGCCAACACGCUUUGAGAUCAUUUUAGGUGUCGCUAGAGGCUUGACUUAUCUUCAUGAAGAGUCUAGCGUUCGGAUUGUGCAUAGAGAUAUCAAAGCCAGCAAUGUCUUACUUGACAUUGAUCUCAUGCCCAAAAUCUCUGAUUUUGGACUUGCCAAGCUCUACGAUGAGAAGAAGACCCAUAUUAGCACGAAAAUCGCUGGCACAUUUGGCUAUUUGGCACCUGAGUAUGCAAUGAGAGGUCGUUUGACUGAAAAGGCUGAUGUUUUCGCAUUUGGAGUAGUUGCUCUAGAGAUAGUUGCUGGCAGAUCAAACACUGACAAUUCCCUCGACAAUGAAAAGAUCUAUCUCUUUGAAUGGACUUGGGGGCUGUAUGAAAGAGAGGAAGCAAUCAGAAUUUUAGACCCAAAACUCGAUGAGUUUGACAGUGAGCAAGCCUUGAGAGUGAUAAAUGUCGCACUCUUGUGCACUCAAGGGUCACCGCACCAACGGCCACCAAUGUCUAGGGUCAUGGCAAUUCUUACCGGAGAUAUUGAGAUGACCGAGGUGGUGACAAAACCAAGCUACAUCACCGAGUGGCAACUCAGAGGAGGGAACACUAGCUAUAUAAGCAGCACCUACAACUCUAGAUCUACCACCAAUGAAUUUAGAGAGCAGCGGGAGAGCAGCCCUCUCACCCCGUCUCCAACUAUAACCGGAGUCACAUAUGACGGAAGGUGAAUGAAAUUUGUUGCAAACCGUUUCUAGUCUUAGCUUGAAGUGACAAUUUUGGACAUUGUUGUAUGUUCAUGCAAGUUACGACAAACAUACAGCAUUAUAUUUUCCUGAAUAUUUCCAAUGCCCAUAAAGCAGCAGUCCAUGUAAUUUGUAUAUGUCAGUUGCAUGCAUGCCAAUGUUGAUUUAUUGAAUAAGUGUAUUUACAUGUAUGUUUUAAAAGCAUUU